AUAUUCCUUGAAUCAUACGCGAAACCACAAACCUCUCACCUUCCUAUUCUUGGUUAUUCAGAUUAUCAAUUUCAGGAUUCCACUCAAACGACACGAUCCCUUCACUCUUCUAGGUUAGCAACUUUCUUCAAUUCCAUUAUUCUAUUUCAAUGCUUCACUAUGAUAACUCCCUAUUUUCCCAAAUCCCCGAUUCAGCAUUUUUUUAAUUCUUCUUUGUAUACCCAAAUGCUAAUUCUGUACUUAAGUUGAAAUUUCACUCAUAAAGUUCCGUUUUUAAUUUUUUAAACUUACUUUAAUCAUCACAUUGUGUCUAAUUAUUGAAAUCUUUGUAUAAUUCAACAGUUUCUCAUCAUUGGUGUAGUUGGUUAAGUAUUUGUGAUUCUGGGUUUAUUUUAUUAUUACCAUUAUACCCUUUUCAAACUAUGGAGAAUCUUCCUGUUGAAGUGAUUGGUAAUAUACUAUCACAUCUUAGUUCUGCAAGAGAUGUUGUGAUUGCUUCAUUAACUUGCAAGAAAUGGAGAGAAGCUUGGCGUUGUAACCUCCACACUCUUUCGUUCGACUCACGUGAUUGGUCGAUUUAUCAUGAAUUAACACCUACUAGGUUGGAAAUACUAAUUACUCAAACAAUUUUUCAAACUAAGGCAUUGCAGUGUUUAAUGAUUUCUAUGGAUGAUGUUCAUGAAUUCUCAGCUGCGCCGGUUAUUGCUUGGCUUAUGUAUACUAGGGAUUCGUUGCGCCGGUUGCAUUUUAAUGUGAGGACGUCACCGGUUUUUAACAUUAUUGAGAAAUGUGGUAGGCAGAAGUUGGAAGUGUUGGCAUUGGCUCGUAAUUGUAUUACGGGUGUGGAACCGAGUUAUCAGAAGUUUCCUUGUUUGAAGUCGCUUUCGUUAAGUUUUGUUAGUAUUUCAGCGUUGGAUUUGAGUCUUUUACUUACUGCUUGUCCAAGGCUUGAGACAUUGUCUAUGGUUAGUCCGGAAAUUGCGAUGUCGGAUUCACAGGCUUCCAUGGAGCUUAGUAGUUUUUCUUUGAAGGAGUUCUCUGUUGAGUCAUUUGGUUUGGAUAAAUUUGUAUUAGAGGCGGAUUUGCUCGAGCAUUUACAUCUUAAAGAUUGUACCUUUGAGGUUUUUGAGUUGAUUGGCAAGGGUACUUUGAAGGUUUUGAAGGUUGAUGAUGUGAGUGUCAUCCAUCUUGAUAUUGGCGAGAAUACAGAGAAUCUUGAGAUUGUAGACGUGAGCAACUUCACGAUUAUGUGGCCGAAGUUUUAUCAUAUGAUCUCAAAAGCGACGAAGUUAUGUAGACUUCGGCUGUGGGGGGUUGUUUUUGAUGACGAUGAUGAAGUUGUGGACUUGGAAACGAUUUCUGUUUGUUUUCCUCAAUUGAUUCACCUCUCCUUAAGUUAUGAUUUAAGAGACGGUGUACUUAAUUAUGGCUUGCAAGGUUUGUCUCUUCUGGUGAAUGUGGCGGUGUUAGAACUUGGAUGGACUUCGAUCAACGAUCUUUUUGCAAUAUGGGUUGGUGGGAUUUUGGAAAGAUGUCCCAACCUUAAAAAAUUGGUCAUUUAUGGUUUUGUUUCAGAGGUCAAAACACAUGAAGAGUGCCAAAUAUUUGCAAAAUUUACUGAAUUCAUCAUUCAAAUUGGAAGAAAAUAUACAGAUGUAAAGGUAGAGUUUGAAUAUGAGUAGUGAUUUCUUCACUCAUCAUACAACAAGAAGGUACUUCUAUAUUGCAUGUGUUUCUUUGUUCAUUGUUGCCCAUUUCCUCAAUUGUGAAUCACAAGAGUUGAGUAAUUGUAAAGUGACAGAUUCUGUGUAAAAGAGAAAAUUUUGGUUUCUAUAUCUUUAUUUCUACUUCUACCCUUA